AUGGGCGAGGACGGCAUAAAACUGCUUCAGCAGAGGCUGGCCGAACGAACCCGCGAACAUAAAGCAACGCGCGAAGCAGCCCUAGAGAGCAAAUUUCGUAAGCUGCCUGCUCCAAUGUUAUCCAAGAACGACAAACUGGUGCACAACUUGUCGUCAAAGGAGGUGAAGGAGGAACAAAUGCAGGUUUUACGGCAUGAGGCAUCAUUCAACACAGCGGAUGCCAAACCUGUCAACCUGAUCGCAGCAGUGGAACCAAUCCUCAGACAGACGGCAGCGACAGACGAAACGAAGGACCUCAUUUUACACCGAGUGUUCUCCCUCCUCAUGGCUCAUAGGCCGCGCGACGUGCUUUCCAAGGCCGAGCGCCAUGCAUUUAAGGAACUCAGGGCCGACAACGACCUCGUUAUCGUGCCUGCGGACAAGGGGCGUUCAACGGUCGUAUUGGACAGGACAGACUACUAUCAAAAUGCAAAAAUCUUGUUGGAUGAUCGUCAGUCCUGUGUUCCAUGCGAAUCCAACCCAAUGAAAAUGCUGACACGCGAGAUUAGCGCGACGCUGUUGGCAAGGGAGAACUCAGGUGUAAUAUCGCCAAUCAACCGACGCAUGGCGAAAGCACAAGAAACGGCCCUAGCCCGAUUCUACGGUCGCCCAAAAGUGCACAAAGAGGGCGUUCCUCUUCGGCCUGUCCAUAACUAA